AUGGCUACAGGACGACGUGCUACGUCAGGACUUGGUAGUAAUUUGUAUGCGAAUUUUCUAGCAAACCACUUGCGAUGGACUGAUGAUGUCGAGCCAAGCAAUCAUUCUCGUCAUGCGUUGGAGAUUAAUACCAUUACUUCGAAUGGAACAGCGCUUGGACUUGAAACGUCCAUUGUCACUUCUUUUUUUAAAGCUGCUGUCAAACGCAGUGUCGAGUCUGCACUUGUCUAUGAAAGCCACGUCAAUUCAGUCAUCACGUCGAGUAUUCGUGUGACAUCGUCACGUCAUUUGGCUUUACAGGCACAUCUUGAAGCGAAUGAAAAUGUGCGGUUUACGUUGGAAGCUCAAGAAUCUGCAACGGAAAAAGCACCGGCUUCAUUUGCACGUAUUGGAGUCGAUUACACGACGUCUGAUGCAUUUGCAGGUGUGAAAAUUGAUCCAGUUAAUGGACCGACGUUGCAAGCGACAAUGGGAGGAAAAAUUGGGGCAGUGGGGAUUGGAAUUCAGGGAGCUUAUGAUGUUGGACUCGAUCAUAGUGAUCGACUUGGUCGAUUCACGACACUUGAUAUGGCUACAAGUUAUACUCAUAAAGAGUUACUGGCUUUGCUACAAGUGAAUGAUGGCGGACGAGCAAUGCGACUAGAUUUGACACAGACGUUAUCACCAAAGUUGAUCAUGAGCUCGAGGUUUGUACUUGACACAAGAAAAGACAAAAGGGUCUUGAGAUUCUUGGGCAAGUACGUGUUGAGUGAGACGGAGGCACUUUCCAGCUCUAUUGGAUCAGACGGUAUUUUUAUUGGAGCAUUCGAGUGGUGCACGUCUAAAAACUUGAAGACCCGUGUGUCGGCACAGAUGGACUUGCGACACUAUGAGAGCGAUUCGAAUCAUCUUGGCGUAUCUAUAGAGAUCAGCUAG